AUGGAAUUAUGUAACGUUCGCGUUGACACUGAGCAAAAACUGGGUUAUGCUCAAGGAGGACCCUUGUGUUGUAAAAUUGGUGUUGGAGGAUACGGUUAUCUUACAGGAAAAUAUGGAUUAUCAGUAGAUAACCUUGUUGCUGCAACAAUAGUUUUGGCAGAUGCUUACGAGUAUCCUAAUGAAGUACAUGCUGGAGCGUUAAUUUUUCUCGGAAAAAAUGUAUGCGAGAAAACGAAAGUCAACAUAAAGAAUCAUGAAUUUCUUCAAGUAGUUUUUAAACGAAUGCUUCCUCUGGAAUUUCAUUCUCGUUUCAGAACAUUGUAUUUUUUACGGCCCAUUGAUGGUAUCACGCGCGCAAUGCCAUAUUUUAAAUCAAAUACUAUUUGUGAUGAUAGUACUUUUGGCGAUCGUAAAAUGGGUAUUUCAGCUCAUUUUGAUCAUCCUUUCCCUGGUUUGUCGGUGAAAAAUGCAUGGAAAACUUUUAUAUAUUUCACUGAUCUAACGAAAGAAUUAGAAAAAUAUUUGUUGAAAGUUCCAUAG